AUGCACGCCCGACAACAUGCCACACUCGGUGUCUCGAUCACCUUUUUCGUGAUCGCGACUCUCUUUGUUGCGCUGCGGUUUGUCUCGCGCAUCUUUGUCGUGCGGAAGGUCGGGUUACACGAUUAUUUGAUGCUGGUCGCGUGGCUGCUUGACAUUGCCUUUUCCUUCUCACUGUUUAUCGCGACGGCGCACGGAUUCGGCCUACACUCGAGCGACAUUCCUCCCGAGAAUCGAGAGGCGCUGAACAAGGCCAACUAUGCAUUCACCGUGCUAUACAACCCGGCCCUCAUGGUUGUCAAAACCUCCAUCCUCGUAUUCUACCUGACCUUGACACGCAAUAACAACGUCUUCCGAUGGGCCAACUAUGUAACACUGGCGGUAGUCAAUGUCGCAGGCUUGGCCUUGACACUGAUCAACGUAUUUCAAUGUCACCCGGUCUCUGCUGCGUUUCACUCGACCGUUCCUCAUGGCGCCACGUGCAUCGAUAUCGUUACGCUCUACCUUUCUUCGUCCCCGGUCAAUAUCAUCACCGAUCUGGCUAUUCUGUUCCUCCCGAUCCCAAUCCUGACGCAGAUGCGUCUGCCAUAUAAGCAGAAGGUGAUUCUGGUGAUUACGUUCGGCAUUGGUUUCUUCGUGGCGGUGGUCGAUGUGAUUCGAAUCGCUUUCCUUCAACAAGCAGCCAUCUCGCGUUCUCUGGCUGUGAAAUCGAUUCAUUUGCAGAAUAAUACCGCUGCUGACUUUAGCUGGUACGCCUCGCUCUCGUUCAUGUGGUCCGUCGUCGAAGUCAACGUCUCGGUCAUUUGUGGCUGUGUCCCAAGCCUCAAGCCACUCGUCUCCCGUCUGAUGCCGAAAUUGAUCAGAGACACCAACGAUCCAUAUACCAGUCCCAGCAAUAACUACGCAACGGGCGAAAAUCCGAUCGCGGUCCCCUCUCCUGCCGUGCUACCAAACUCCCUCACCGCAUCUCCCGCGGCAUCACCAUCCGACAGCAAUGGAAGUAAACCUUCUCAAACAAGGAGUGUUCGCUCAACUGCCCGCGGGCAAAGUUCAAAUGCCCAGAUGGGUAUCCUCGACAUCCUUGGCCAACCUGGAAAUGCUCCCACCGAUACGGAAGCAAAUACACAUACGAGCACGUCCCAUCCGCCUAAUAUUACAUUUUUUGACUUUGUCAAUAUGAAGAAUCCCGAGAGUAUGCUCAAAUUGAAUAAUCGAGAGUCAAUUACCCCCAUCGCGUUGACGACACUUUUGUUUUUCCUGUGGGGAUUUGCAUAUGGGUUGCUUGAUACGCUGAACACGCAGUUUCAGACCAUCGUUCGAUUGGAUACGUGGCACACGCUUGGCCUCCAUGGUGCCUACUUUGGCGGCUACGGUGUUGGUCCACUGCUGAUCGGUCGCCCAGUCCUAAAAACAUGGGGGUUUAAAUCAACUUUCGUCACCGGGCUGUGCAUAUAUGCUUGUGGAACGCUCGUCUUCUGGCCCUCCGCUGUUCUCGCCUCGACAGCUGCAUUCACCGUCUCAAACUUCAUCGUCGGCUGCGGUCUUGCUGUCCUGGAAACUGCAGCCAAUCCCUUCAUCGCGCUCUGUGGUCCAUUGGAAAAUUCAGAAAUCCGUCUGAACAUCUCGCAAGGUGUACAAGCGAUCGGCAGCGUGAAGGUCCUUUUCAAGGACGUUCAAGAUACCGCAUCCCUCGUAGACGUGCAAUGGGCAUACCUCGGAAUCGCCUUCUUCGACGUCCUCCUAGCAGUCGCCUUCUACUACCUCCCCAUCCCAGAAGCCUCCGACAAAGACCUCGAAGAACUCGCCAACCGACGCCGAGAAGACAACAUGACCAAAGUCAUCGGCGUCCCCGUCGUCUGGCUCACCCUCGCCCUCGGCGUCUGGUCCCAAUUCUUCUACGUAGCCGGCCAAGAAGUCCUCUCCGACUCGCUGGAACGCUUCGUCCAAACCGCCAACCCAAACGCAUCCCUCACACCCUUUUCUUUCCUCACAAUAGGCCACAGCGUCUUCGCUCUGGGCCGCUUCAUCGCCGCCUUCACGCAGUGGUUCUUCAAACCCCGCUGGAUCCUAAUGGUCUCCUACAUCGGCAUGAUCGUCUUCUCAAUCCUGGCCAUGAAAACAACCGGCGACGCAGCGAUCGUAAUGGUCAUGUUAGUCUACCUCUUCGAAAGCGGCGCGUUCAGUAUUAUCUUCGCGCUGUCAUUGCGCGGUACAGGACGACAUACCAAAACAGCUGCUGUCCUGCUUACAAUGGCCGUCAGUGGCGGAACUUUCUUCUCCUUCGCAGAAUACGCGGCCUACCUCGCCCACGGCAGAUAUUCCUACGCCGUGCUAGUCGCCCUCUUCGCGGCUGGCGCUAUUUUCCCGCUGUACCUGAACCUCGUCCCCGCCGUGAAAAGACAGGUCGACCCCGUGCCGAACGAGUCUCUGCGUCGUCACCACCGGAGGAGAAGUAAACCGGCCGGCUCUGGCUCUGAGGCUGGCCAUAUGCAGCGCGAGAAACAUAGCCAUGCUGUUGGCGACGUGCUCUCGUGGCCGAGUAGUCUGGUCUCGGAUCCGGAUUUGUUGCCCGAUUUGCCGAUGCCUGGUGAGACGCACCAGAGUUUGAGUGGGAGUCCGAGGAUGCGUGCUGGGAGGGGGGCUAAGGCUAGUUCGAAUGAGAGUUCGAAUAUUGGGUCCCAGUCUUCCGGGCAUGAGGGUGUUAAGAGGGUGAGGAUAGGGGAGGAUUCUUGA